CAGAGAGUCGAGUUCGAGAGGUUUUCGCGGCGUGGAUUUUCCCUUCGAUUUAGGCGAUGUGCUCUGCUCAUCAUCAGGUUUUGUGAUAGUUGAGAACAUUAAUUCUUACAAUACCUCCCGAAUAGCAUCAUAGUGGAAGAAAAAAAACCUAUAGCAAACAGCUGGAAACGUAUUGUGGUGGUAUUUGUGCCAUGGCAGCAUAUUGCCAUCGGUUCAGUGACAGGGUGAGGUGUUAAAUUGUGUAAUUUAUGGUCAAUCUCGAAAUUUUUGCGCUUAAUUGAAGAUCCUGUAUCGACAGCGUCGGAAGAAAGUGAACGUCUUUUGUUUGUUCCGUUCAUCCCCCCCUACUCGGUGCGGUUUUUCUUCAAAGUGAAAAAGCUGAAACCAAUCACACGCCAAGCCAAAUUGAAUUUCGCUCGAAGAGAAGUGGCGUUCCUCCAAUUUUUGCCAACAGCCGGUCGCGGGAAUGUGAAAUACGAAACUCGGCUUCAAGUACGACGGGAGCAGAAAUAAAUAUGGAAUAAAUACCAGCCCCAAAAAACCGCCGCGGAAAAGUCCGCUGAUAUAAUCGUUUUGUGCCGCGGCUGAAAUGUGCAACGGCAAAAGUGCGAAGCGUGAAUGAAAUUUUCCGAUCCUAUAUCAAAGAGCAGAAUUUGAUAGCAUUUCCCGAACGAAAUAGGAAUUCCGUUCACGGAGUGACGAGUGCCACGGGAAGAAAAGUCACCGCCUUGCGGCGAAACUCAAGGGAAAAAAAUAGAUAAAACAAGUGUGAACCAUUUGCCAAUGUUUAUGUGAAAUUGUUUGCGUACUUGUGCGUAAUGCGUUCAUCAGUCAUCGAACCUUUCAUCUAUUUCCAUAGAGAGGUUGAAAUUUGCUCGGACUAUUGAAAUUUAUGCUGAUUGCAGUAGAAGGAGAAGUUUCCAUCAAAAAAUUAAAGCAAGACACACACAGAUUGGCCUCCCCCAACAACAGCAGCAGCUGAAGCAGAUCAAGCGCGAAAAAUCUGAGGAACUACUGGGAAGGCGAAAUCAAAGGGAGAAAGCUCAGCACAACAAAAACACUGAAACGGCAGUUUCUCACGAAAACGGACAGUUUGGCAGCGUUGAUCAAGAUGGAAAACUUUUCCCGGGUUUUUGUUCUUACGUCACCGAAAUCAUCGCCAUCAUCAUUGUCAGCAUCAUCGUUGUUUGGAGUAUUAUCAUCAGCAGCUGACCGCAGCAGCAACUAACUCUUAGAACUCGGGCAACAGCUGUUGGUAAUUCGGCACAACUGGUUCCGUGUGGAAGAAGGGCGGCCAUCAAACGGUUUGAGUUUGGGGGAAUUGUCCAUUUCCGGCUAAGGAGGGCAUCCGAGAAACGGGUCGAAAAGACUCAAGUGCGGCAACUUGUCUAGCCGCGGCCGUGUAGUUUGGUUUUUCAAUUUUUUCCCUCGUUAAACUCUUCUCAUCACGUCGGUUGAAUUUUGAGUGGAAGAGUUGUUUUUCCCGGAGUGAGGAAAGGGGAAAUCGGAUGAUGGAUCGGUGCCGUUGAUCUUGUGGAAAUUUCGAAUGGUUUCAGGUUCAAGUAGAGCAAAAAGCGGCGGCAUCAGUUGAUGUGCUAGUGUAGUGUUGUAUGGCGACCGUAACACGGCGCGAAGACCAAGUUUUAACGGAUGACCCCUAGCUGCCUGACCCCUUACGAGAGAGAGAGAGAGAUGGAAGGUGGAAAUUGUGCCCAGUGAAAGGUGCCAGCAAGCAACAGCACAGGAUCCAUAAAUAGGAGUGAAACCCGGGCUAGUUUUAUUCCCGCACACGCGAGUGCAAGCCAUAAAAUUGUGUACCGGAAAACACGUGAAGAAUCCUGAGAAGAGGCGUAAACUUUUCAAGCCAUUCGAGGAAAGCCUCAGCAGCAGCAGCAGCUUUUCCGUUCACUUGUGUUUGGGUGGCAGAAGCAAGCAAAAGUUCAGCCAUUGUGCAGAAAUAGCUCAGAUUAUCGUUAGGGAGAAACAACAACCGGCAGCAAGCGCCAACAAAUUAAAUCGCGAACAUGAACGCAGUGAUGGCAAACACACGAAAGUGGGAUAAACUUUCACCCAGCGAGUUCCAGCAGCUGCAGGAUCUAGCUUCGUAUUCAUCAAAAAAGCUGCAGAAUGUACUGCAGGAAUUCUGCUCACCUACCACUCCUUCAGCAUCCCGAUUUCAUCCUGAUGGGGAAGUGGACUACGAGGGAUUUCGGCGGUUCCUGGAUGCCUUUCUGGACUGCGAAACACCGGAAGAGCUGGCGAAGCAUCUGUUCAUAUCGUUCCUGCGGCCGGCCCUGUAUCAGGCGCACAAUUCCCAUGGCAAGGCGCUCAGCCAGAUGGCGGCCAUUAGCAGUAAUGCCGCGUGUGCUCCGGUGACGUCACAUAAUCAGGGCUCCAUACCCAAUUUGAACAACAUCAUCGACCUGCCAACGCCGCAACCUUCCCAGGAAUCCCAGCGGAACAGUUUUGUCGAACGGAUACACGGCAUCACCGACAAACUUCAGUCGUCACUGGGUCACCUGGGUCAGCAGCAGCAGCAGCAGCAGCAACAUGAUGGAAGCGGCCCAGGGGGAGGAUUCGGAGGAGGAGGACCCUCAUCCCUCGGGCAGGGAAAAAGUGGGACGGUUCAUCCGCUGGUGACGGUGACGCCGAGCCCGAUGGGCGGAAACACUUCAUCUGCAUCGGUGCUGCCGGGUAACUUCCGGCGAUCAGCCGAUUCAAGUCCUUCACAUAGCCAUAGCCACAGCCAUUCGCAGAUCUCGAGGAACUCAUCCAGGAAAAGCAACAAUUCCGUUAAUUGCCGAAUCGAUGAUAUCCGGUUGCUGCCACGAAAGCAAUCCUAUUUGGAUCCGUUGCUAUUCAAGGUACCCCUGAAGGAUGUCGUGUGUUAUCUUUCGUUGCUGGAAGCUGGACGUCCGGAGGACAAACUCGAAUUUAUGUUCCGGCUGUACGAUACGGAUGGAAACGGUGUGCUGGACACGGCCGAAACGGAUGCCAUCGUUAAUCAAAUGAUGUCGGUUGCCGAGUACCUGGGCUGGGAUGUCUCGGAAUUGAGGCCGAUUCUGCAGGACAUGAUGACAGAGAUCGACUACGAUGGCGACGGAUGCGUUUCAUUGGACGAAUGGCAACGCGGAGGAUUGACCACCAUCCCUCUUCUGGUGCUUCUGGGUGUCGAUAAUACCCUGAAGGAGGACGGAUAUCACGUUUGGAGGUUGAAGCACUUCAGCAAACCCGCUUACUGCAAUAUGUGCCUGAACAUGCUGGUCGGACUCGGGAAAAAGGGCCUCUGCUGUGUGUUGUGCAAAUACACGGUUCACGAGCGUUGCGUCCAGCGUGCCCCCGCUUCCUGUAUCGUCACCUACGUCAAAUCGAAGAAAUCGAAAGCCAGCUCGACCUUCCAACAUCACUGGGUCGAGGGCAACUGUUACGGGCGCUGCUCCAAGUGCCGGAAGCGAAUCAAAGCGUACAACGGGAUUACCGGAUUGACCUGUCGCUGGUGCCAAAUGCUGCUUCACAACCGAUGUGUUUCGUUAGUGAAACCGGAAUGUUUUCUCGGUGAAUUUGCCAACAUGAUACUGCCACCGACAUCCAUCUGCCCGGCCGUACUGGAUCGACAAAAGUCCAUCAACUUCAACACCAAUCGGGGGAAGAACAUACCGCCCACCGUUCACUUUCAAAUCACCGCCACCGACAACAUCUGCCCCUUACUAGUUUUCGUGAAUCCCAAAAGCGGGGGCCGUCAGGGUGAUCGAAUAUUGCGCAAAUUCCAGUACCUCCUGAAUCCCCGACAGGUUUACGAUCUCUCGAAAGGCGGUCCCCUGGAGGGCCUUACUCUGUUCAAGGAUGUAGACAACUUCAAGGUAAUCUGCUGCGGUGGAGACGGAACCGUAGGGUGGGUUCUGGAAGCGAUGGACUCGAUCGAGCUGCGCUGUCAACCUUCGAUAGGAGUUAUCCCCUUGGGCACCGGAAACGAUCUGGCCCGAUGUCUUCGGUGGGGAGGAGGAUACGAGGGCGAAAGCAUUCCUAAAAUUCUGGACAAAAUCAACCGAUCUUCACUGGUGAUGAUGGACCGGUGGAGUAUAGAAGUGAAGAACCACCCGGUGACGGGGGAGGAGACACCCCUGAUUCCGACUCACAAGGUGACACUUUCGGAAAAUGUACAAAAAGUGAUAGAAUUCUCACAUAGGAUAAUUGUGGACAAAUCUGUGAUUCAAACUGGCGAUGAAGUUAAAAAUAGUACAAAAACGACCGAGAUAUCGAUAGAGAACACGAAGCGUGUCGUGUUGAGUGACAAUAAUGGCACCGGGGCACAUCAUCAACACUUUCAUCAUCACCAUCACCAUCACCAUCAGCAAACGACAACGACGUCCUGCAGCAACAGCAGCAGCUCCUUAACGGGCGGAGGGACCAAGGAAAUUACUCAACAAACAGACGGCAAUUCUGUCAAAGAGCCACCAACGGCAGCUCCAGCACCAGCAGCACAUUCAGAACCGGUGGUCGUUAAUGCAUCCUGCAAUGAGGAGGACACUGCCGGUCACCCGGAAACCACCACCACCACCACAAUAAGUGACCCCCCAGCAGCCCCGCCAACUAUCAAUGGCAAUAGUGGAGACCACCCCGUAGAUAACUCCCAGGACCCGCCACAGACCAACCACGUUGAUGACAAUAAUGCGCCGCUUCAGAACAACAACCACGACCACGACCACGACGACGACGUAGACGAUAAGACACGUGUCGCCACCAACAACAACGGAACCCUCAACAGUCCGGAUGAGGAAAAGGAUUCAACCACAACGGCUAAACGGUCCCAAUCGAUUGCGACGGAGGUGGCAAAAGCGGAAGUGAGGUCUAAUGCAACCACGACCACAAACAGUGUCCACAUCAAUAGCAGCAGCUCCACAACUUCCGCCACGACCACCACCGUCAAGGACAAACCCCCGGUCGAUCUGCCGAAGCUGAUAAAGCCGCAGACCGCAUCGGAAUUCACCGUGCCGUACAAUAUCAUCAACAACUACUUCUCGGUCGGGGUGGAUGCAGCGAUCUGUGUAAAGUUCCAUCUGGAGCGGGAGAAAAAUCCCCACAAAUUCAACAGCCGCAUGAAAAACAAGCUCUGGUACUUCGAGUACGCCACAUCGGAAACGUUUGCCGCUUCCUGCAAGAAUCUGCACGAGAAUUUGGAGAUUGUGUGUGACGGGGUGUCACUGGAACUGGCCAACGGUCCCCAACUGCAAGGUAUCGCGCUGCUCAAUAUCCCGUACACCCACGGCGGUUCCAAUCUGUGGGGCGAGCACCUGUCCCAGAAACGGAUGCGGAAAAGUCCGUUCCGCAAAAAACUGAAAAACUCCGACAAGGAACUGUCGGCCAACAGCUUCAACUCGGUAGAUCUGUCGAUAGCAAUUCAAGACAUCGGGGACCAUCGGAUAGAAGUAAUUGGUCUGGAAAACUGUCUUCACAUGGGUCAGGUACGGACCGGGUUGCGGGCUUCCGGUCGGAGGUUGGCACAGUGCAGCGAAGUGGUCAUUACGACCAAGAAAACUUUCCCGAUGCAAAUCGAUGGCGAACCCUGGAUGCAGGGACCUUGUACGAUACGGCUGACGCAUAAAAACCAGGUCCCAAUGCUGAUGGCGCCCCGUUCCGAGAAAACCGGUGGUCUGUUCAGCUUCCUCAAGAGAUGACUAUCAAAGAAACCGAACCACCCGGACAUCCCACCCUGCGAGGCCUAGUAGAGGAUGGAUCUCUAGGAACCAAACUAACUAACUGAUGAUGAUGAUGGCGAUGAUGAUGAUGGUGAUGACAGAGUGAUGCCACAACAAGUCGAAGUUAAAGUCAAGUCAGUCAGGCAGCCAGGCCAAGGAGAAUCUUUAUCGUCUUGAUCGGACCAUCACCACCCCCCACAAACCUUGUCCCGAUGAUGAUGCUCUAGUAAUAGACGGCCCGGAUAUAAAAAGCUUUAAUCAAGAACCAAAAUCUUUACAACACAACCCAUCCCACUGGCACGGUAAAAGUAGGUAACUCAUAAACUUAAAGGUAUAUGGGCUAUUAGAGCAUGAAAAAAUCCAGAGCAAAUUUAAUCAACUGGUAUGUUACGAGUAAAAAUUCAAUCAUUAAAUAAUUCGUUGAACCAAAAUUUUCAAUCAUAAUUCAAAACGUGGGUAUAACAAUUUAGAUUCCAUAUAUACAACAAUAAUCCAUUCUUUCCCAAUAGUUUCCCAUUCGAAUCAAAUUAAAUGUCAACCCAAAUCACGAGGACUCCAAUCUCCUGCAUCGCGAUUUCAAAAUUAACCCAGAGCAAAUUAGUUCACGUUGAUUAUCGUGUCGACGGUGCUCAAUUAGCCAAUGAGCGAAUUUAUCAUAAUUCGAUCCCAUCGAUAAGUAGAAAAUUGAUCGAUGGUACCUGCCCAGGUACCUUUUCGGAAAAUGCGUCGCCGCCAUUUAUUCGAUGUCGACAAAUUAAUUUCGUUUUUCUCUUCCGAUGCGUGAUUUCCAGCCAGGUGGCUCCGCAGCUGUGUAUGGCAUUCAGAAUGAGGUUUUUGGGCUUGUAACUUGUGCUCAUUCAUUGAAACACAAAACGGUGUAACGCAUUAUUAAAUUUUAAUUAAUAAUUUACAAACAAUGCUGAAUUGGGGAUGAAUUUCAUGCGUAUUAAAGUACCUACUUACUUUUUGUCAUAACAUUUUCAAUAUUCAAAUGUCAUCUCAAUUUCGUAAACUUCAUCAUACAGAAACAAAAAGUUAGCCGUACCAUUCUUUGGAUGAUGCCAAACUUAGAUAGAACAUCGGAUAUUUCGGCGUCUUCAAUCUCAGGAGGGAGAUUAAAAACUCUAACGUAUUUGAAGACGCUAGAAUCAGCAGAAAAUGUAACGGUAGUUGAUACGUUCUUGUCAUACUGGAAUUGCAUGGAUGUUGGCAAUCGCAGUAGGGCUUCUUUCAGUUGUUCUUCCGUCUUAAACUUUACAUAAAUGCAAAAUUCCUUUGGCUCUUUAUACAUAGCCAGUAAAGUUUCUGAAGACAGCUGCAUCUUCUGCUUCAUGAAUUGGAAGAUUCCCAACUCCGACGGUUCCUGUUUUCCUGGUCCGAAAUAUAUGCGUAAUGAGUUUGCGCGUGCUUCCUCCAUCUUGUUUUCGUAUAAUAGUGUUCCGAUUUAAGAUGAUCACUGCUCUAAACCGAACAAUGAUAAGCCUUCAAGAUAACAGUAGCUAUAGCUACACACGCGAAGAAUAAGCCGCUCGAUAGUAAAAAGUCGACUGUUCAACUCGGCGUCUCAAGACGAACUAUAUUCAAACCCAUAAUCAUCACACAAUCUCGAAAAAAAAAAAAAUUUCAAAUCAAUUUUAUUUCCGGUUAGACAUUAUUAAAUCAUUCGAAAUGUUGAUUCUUAUUCUGAACAAAAAAUAAAAUCAAGCAAGUAUAAACAUCAAAAACGGAAUGCGAAUGAAAAAUUGGAAUUUAGCCAGAAUUUGAAGCUUCGGACAUAACAAUCAGUGCACAGAAGAAGAAUAGAUCAAAUAUAACACCAGAUUUGAUAAGAAAUUGAACUCGAAUUCUUACAAAAAUCAAAUCAGGUCAGAAUAAUUGAUAAUAAGCAAAUUAUCAACCAUAUUAAUUUACAUUUCUUUUCUUCAAUUUCAAUUGUAAUUUUGGUUGAAAAAUUACUCUGUAAUGUCAUUUAUUUAAAAUACUUUUCAAUCACAAUAUGAAAUGUGAAUUAUCGAUGAGGAAAAUAUAUCCAUUUUUAACUUCAGAGAAUUUAUUCGAAAUUAGUAGACGAUUAAUUUAAAAAUGAAAAUAAUUAAUUCUAUCGAGUUAUUAUGUUAAAAAAGAUAAAAUCCUUAAUUAAUAUUCAAAUUCUACCAGUAAUCAGUAUAAAAGGAAAGAAAAGUUAAUUUUAGAUUGUGUUUGCAGCUUUAACUUUAUGAAUUUAAAAUACAACAAGAAUUCAUCAUCACUGACAAAGUACAAUUAGGGAAAUGGAAGAGUUCUCGAAUGAUCAAACACGAAACUGUUAUUUAUUUAUUAAUUUGUUUAUUUUUUCAACCAUGAGGAAUGCAUUGAUGACAUGUGGUUAAAAUGCUUCUUAUAAAAUUCUACUCUUUCAUUUUCAAUAUCCAUACAUUUCUAACUUUCUAUUUGCCAAGCAUUUUCAUAAUGUUGAAAUGUUCUAAGUUAUGUUCUUUUAAUUUUCAUCGAUAAGGUCGAUAAAUAAAAUUAACAAACAAAAUCACGGUGAUUAACUCUUCAUAAAUUUAAAUAUAAUAUGAUGAUGAAAAAGAUUAGUUUGAAAUGUUCAGGGACCACAACGAUUAAAAAAAAAAGGAAAUAUAGACGUCUGUGGUUCUACAACAUAUGUCGCAGCAAACGUGAGAUCAAUUGAUUCUCGCUACUUAUGACUCACCAGUAAGUUUAUGAUUUAAUCAGCGUUUCAAAAAUUUUCAGCAUAUUUUCUUGAAUAACCGGCCUUGGGAAUUCUAAAAGCCGCCUUAAAAUAAUAUUCAGUUUAGUUCAUGGAAUUUCUUGACUUGGCGAAUGUAAGAAGGUGUGCUGAAAAUUUUAAAUUUUGACAUGAAUGAAAAAAACCUUCCUUCCAGCACCUGAAAACCUAAGAACUUCAUGUUCGGAUCACUACUAAAGAAUGAACAAUAUAUUUUUUGAAUUCGAAAUUGCAUUACGAAUGUGGAUUUUUUGUCUAUAAGAUUUUUGAGAAAAGACCCUUGAAGAAAAUAAAAAAGAUUUGAGCUUUGAAAACAGUUCAAUCGUUUUGUUUAUAAUAACUUAGAACAAAAGAUUGAAAUUUAGCUUUGAUAUCAGAUUCUCGAUUAAAACUGUGAAUUUUUAAUACUCUUUGUUAAAUUUUUUGGGCUUCGGAUAGAAAAAAAAUCAUUUAUGUAGUUAAAAUGUAAAUCAGGUGUAAACACAGGCGCUUCAUUUACCUUAAAAUUUCCUAUCGUUACCGAUGUAACCACAGUAACUGUGUAGCCGAUUAUCGCUUGUGCGAUUGCCCUCUCCUGACUAACGACAUCGUCGGCUCUCACAGCCUUACCGAAGUGAAACACACACCUGUGAUAUGCGCAGUGCGUUAACGGUCUUCGGCGAGUCAAGGUGCACGUCUCCCGUUCAGCCAGUGGCGUUUCCUUGCCAGGAGAUUUUUUGUGGUAGGGCUGAACGGGAGACACUACUUUUGGUCGGUUUUGCCAAGGUAAUAGUGAAACUGUGUGUGUGAUAUAAUAUUCGGCAGAUUCCCGGUAAGUGAAUUCUUUUUUCAUUUUGAAUUUGGAAGAAACAAGAACAAUUUCUUGAAAAGGGGACUAGGCUACGCUGAGUUUUCGAUAUCUGCGCUGUGAAAGGGAACCACAAACCAGAGAUUCAUUAGAAACAAUGGCCGCUGAUUUGUCCCAAAGUUGAGCUUUAGGUUUUUUUGAACAUUUACGUUGAGCUUGCAUGCAAGAAUGUAUGAGUAUGGCAUGGUUUUCCCUUUGCGCAUGCUAUUUAUGGGGUUUUAACUAGUGAUGAGCUGAUAGCCCUAGUAAAUUGAAAGUGUUUGCAGACAAGAAAAAGUUACGCAUACAUCUUGGCUUAACUACAAAUUGUUUACUCAAAGCCUAACCGGACAAUGAGCGAAUACACUUUUAUUAGUGAACCUUCAUAUAAGAGAAGCGACAUCUGAUCCCUCUUAAAAUAAAAUAUGUGGCAAUAUCGCCGAAAUCUUGGACAAAAAAAAUCCCCAGCACUGUUUAAUGGCUCAAUGUUCAAGCUCUAAAGUGAACGCUCCUUCAAUCCAACAAAACAACAUUGAACUCGAUGCCCGAAGGAUCGCGAUAAACGGUAUGAAUGACUUGAAUUUCGUUAAUAAUUAGUUAGUUUUCUAACUAGAAACACGAUUCACCAAAGCAUUGAAAUAAAUUGCACCUAAUCAUAAAUUCAUAUGACAAGCUAAAAAAAUUAUCUGUUUGAACUAUAACAACAAUCACAAUACCUUCCUUGGUUGAGUUUUCAAUAAGAAAGGUAAAAGCUCUGGGACAAAAUGCUUGGAUCGAUUGGAAUCGAUUUUGACAGUUCUUUUGCUCGAUUGGAAUUUUGUGUUUCAGAUGUCACUUCUCUUAUAUACAGGUUCACUAACUUUUAUAUGUGUUGGGAAGCGUAUGGCAUAGAAGAGAAGAUAAUUAAAAUCAUUUUUAAGCAACGGAACUUGUCGAUCUAAUGUCAAAGGAUCCCGUGUUUUGAUGCUGAGUAUUCGACUUAAAAUUCUGUAGAGGGGUAGAAAACAUUGUAAAUAGGAAUAAUGAUUUGUGAGUAGGUAUUAUCACACUUGGAUGGAGCAGGAUGUCAGCAGUGAAAAGAAUGAUUGCAAAUACAAUUUUGUAAAUUUUGCAAUAUCACCUGCGUACAAUAUUUCAGUUUUGAAGGCAAAGUUUUAUAGAUCGCCAAAUAAGUUAUGAUUCUCGUUCAACCAAUUUAUGCACUGGGCGCACGACUAUAUGACCCUCAUUUAAAGACAUCCCUUAAAUUUGAUGAAACGAAUAUUGGGUACUCAUUAAUUUGGCCAAGCUAAGUUGGAUCGGGAGGACCAACACGAAGAGUGUUCUGAAGGUUCACUUUAUGAGUUUUCGUUGGAUCGGGAGGAUCAACAUGAAGAGUGUUCUGAAGGUUCACUUUAUGAGUUUUCGUUGGAUCGGGAGGACCAACAUGAAGAGUGUUCUGAAGGUUCACUUUAUGAGUUUUCCUUGGAUCGGGAGGACCAACACGAAGAGUGUUCUGAAGGUUCACUUUAUGAGUUUUCGUUGGAUCGGGAGGACCAACAUGAAGAGUGUUCUGAAGGUUCACUUUAUGAGUUUUCGUUGGAUUGGGAGGACCAGCAUGAAGAGUGUUCUGAUGGUUCACUUUAUGAGUUUUCGUUGGAUCGGGAGGACCAACAUGAAGAGUGUUCUGAAGGUUCACUUUAUGAGUUUUCGUUGGAUCAAUACCAAAGGAAAGCUUGAUAAACUUAGUAAGCUUUUGAACAAGAGGUUCAACAGCCAUAAUUGAGAUGCUUGGUACACCUGAUGCUUGAUUGGGAUGGGAUAAAUGAAAAAUCGAUUAAUGUGCACAGUCUAGUAUCAAUAAAACAGUAGAACACGAAAUGUUCUCAAAACUAAAGCAAGGCUUUGACGAGCCAAUAAAACAUUUCAUGCGUGGCUCAUGUAACAAUCGAGUUAUAUAGUAAAGUGAAUCCAGGUCAGCUCGUUUGGAUGCAGCUUCUCAGAGGCAUACUACUUGUCUAAUCCGGAACUCAAUAUGAGGGAUACACACCGAGAUUAUCGCGGGCACACGAGUCCAGUAACACAGUCAUUGUGUAACAAAUAUGAAACAGUCGACGAUUACUUCUAGCAUACUACAAGCAUAGUCAUCAUCAGUUACGGUAUAGAUAAAGCACUGAUCAUACUGACAGGACACUUAGAACAAAAAUUCGAUCAUUUUCUGGCUAAUUUUUUUUCGUCAAAUUUAGCAGGUUCGCAAUACCGACGGCAGGUGGCGAGCCUAUAAUUUUUCCGGUAGAAAUGCCCUGUAGGAAAAAUUUACCUGUUUUGCACGAUUUUAUCGUCUGAAUUGCCUGUUUUUUUGCGAAAGUCGGGUGGCACUUUCUAACUGGGAUAGCAUUUCUUCAAAUCGAUCGAUGCGCACUCUGGAAUCGAUAUUGCGUACUAUCGAUUCCAGAGUGCGUAAAUUAUUCAAAAAACGAAAUCGACUGUCCAGUCAGUAUGGUCAGUGGAUAAAGGUUCGAAACCAAAAAAAAAACUAUGAUGUAAGUUUAUUAAGAGUAACCGUAAUGUCCCUAUGCAAGAGCUUAGCGAACAAUCAAAAUUAUGGUGUUCGAAAUCCAUACUAAUCCAUUUCUGGGAAGUCAAAAAGUAUUGGACAUAAGUAGAAAUGUUGACACAAAUGAUGGAAGCAUAGUUUUUGGUUUUAUGUUAAUAUGUGUGAAUUAUAGAGAACACGUCUUUCAUGAUUGUUGUGGAAGGAAAUUGUUCAAUUUCAAUUAUGUUCAAUUAAUUAAUUUUUUUUUGCUUCAGCUUUUGUGUAGGGGGGAGAUGUGUAGCCGAUUAUCGCUUGUGCGAUUGCCCUCUCCUAACUAACGACAUCGUCGGCUCUCACAGCCUUACCGAAGUGAAACACACACCUGUGAUAUGCGCAGUGCGUUAACGGUCUUCGGCGAGUCAAGGUGCACGUCUCCCGUUCAGCCAAUGUAGUGCAAAGCAUAAGUUGCACAGUAACGAGGCUGUUUAGCAUUUACUAGCGAAAGUAUCAAAACAUACAACAGAAGAGCAAAUUUUAAAACUUAAAACUAUCCUAAAAUUAAAAUAAUUAUAAAGAGAACGAAUCUCUGCGAUGAAAGACUGCAUCGAUUUUCCUCUGAAGUUAGAGAUGAUGUUGUUGGCCAUCUCUUCGAUCGAUUCAAUGCUCGCAAUCCGAUAAAGAUCUUCGGUGCUGUGCCAAAAAGGAAGCCGCAAAAUCAUUUUCAGAACCUUGUUCUGAAUCCUCUGGAUGGCUUUCUUCCUCGUCGCGCAGCAGCUAGACCAAAUCGGAACUGCAUACAUUAUCGCUGGUCGGAACACCUGUUUAUAUAUCAGCAUCUUAUUUCGCAGACACAACUUUGAUUUCCUGUUGAUGAGAGAAUAAAGAGAUUUAGUGUAUUUAUUACAUUUAGAUUGAAUAUUUUCAAUGUGAUUUUUAAAAGUAAGAUUCCAAUCAAGUGUGAGUCCCAAGUAUUUCACGUGAUCAGACCAUUCUAAUGAAACCCCAUUAAAAGUUAUGGAAUGAUUUUCAUUAGGUUUUGAAAAAUUUGCUCUUGGCUUAUGGGGAAAUAAAAUCAGUUGAGUUUUGGAAGCGUUAGGAGAAAUUUUCCACAUUUUCAAGUGAUUCAAAAAGGCCUAAAACUACAACGUUUUUUUUUUCAAUUUUAAAAUCCGCUUGGGCAUCAUUUAAUUAUACCUGUUGGAAGUUGGAAGUCUCAACGAAUAAAUGUAAAUGAGCACCAUGCGAAUGACCAGAGUCUAUUGGCAUUGAAAUAAAAACAUAGAUUUAGCUCUGUUCAAAUGUGUGCUUCAGAAAAGGUGUGGAAAUAAGGGGCCGUUCAGAUACCACGUGGACAGAAAAAUGAGAUUUUUGACCCCCUCCUCCCCAUCCGUGGACAAGUGUAGACAUUUGGCAAACCCCUACCCCCCUCCUCGGAUGUCCACGUGGAUAGAUUUGAAAAAGUUUUUAUUUUAAAUACCUAUAAUUUGACAGUUAGAAAACACCACUUUUAGCCUUUUUGUUAUAGAAAUGGCUGAUUUUGUAAAACCGAAUAAGAAUUUCCUGAUAUAUACAAAAUUAAAAAUUUUUAAUUUCUUAAUUAUAAUAUUUACAACUUGCUUAUUGCUUAAACUUAAACUGUCAGGUAUGCAAUUUUAAGAUUUUGAUUUAAACAUCUUAAUAUUUAUUCACCUUUGGAAAAUAUUUUGAAGGUAAGUAUGUCCACGUGGAUAAGACCCAAACCCCUACCCCCCUCUCCGUGGACAAGCGUGGACAUUUUCAUAUCCCUCACCCCCCCCCCCCCCCCCUAAAUUGUCCACGUGGUAUGUAAACGGCCCCUAGCUGGAAAAUUCAUGAAAUUUUUCAAAUUUAAUGUUUUUAAAAAGAACUGAAAAGCGGCAAAAUUAAUGAACAAAAGUGAACCGAUGCAUUUAAAUUUCAUAAAAACUUGUCAAUUCUUUCAUUUUAUUGAAGUAAUUUUGAAUUUUUUUGCAAUUUUUAACGAAGCACAAAACAAAUUGGCUAUUUUGUAGAAGUAAGUCAUAACGUUUUUAAAAUAAGUAUUUCAAAAGAAACAAAUAGCUAAAGCUCAGUACUCCUUGAUCGAUAAAUACUUUUUUCUAGUACAUAGAAUUUAUAAUUUAAAUUUAAAUUCAUUGUAUUCACAGAUAAAGACUUUGGGAUUAUUUUUUUAAAUCAAUCGUUUUCAAAGCUGAUUAUGUUUUGAAGAAGAACAAUAUUUAUUAUUGUUUCUUUAUAUAUUCCUUAAGAAAUUUGAAUUUAAAAUUGAUUACCGGUAUCGAUCAAAACAUUGGAAGAAUGAUCUGUCAUUUAUCGAUCGAAAUCAUUUUCUAUCUGCCAUUGAACUCACCUUUUGCUAAUUUUGAAGAUUUGACCGAAUGACAUUUCACUCUGGAAUAUUUUUUCGCUGUGGUGAGUUCACGUUCACGUUCGCGUCCGAGUUCAUAAGAACUGUAAACCGGCUUUAAGAGCGAAUGAUGAUUGUUUGAUGGUUACCGAUAGUAACUCAGAAAAUAGUUGAUCACUAGAGAGGAGAAGAAAAACAAACUAGAUAUGCGUCGUUCGGUGCUGAAAAGCGUCGUUUGUUAAAAAACAGACUAUCUAUAGCGAUUUUAUUUUUGCGCUAGACUUCAAGCACAAAAAUAUCGUCAAUCUCAAAUUUUGCCUUACGAUUUUGCUCUUUUCCCUCAUCAAUAGAUGUGUACACCUCUUGAAUUUGAAAAUUAGCUCUUCUCUUAUUUAUAAUGGUGUUAUAUAGAACAGAGAGAACUUUUUUUUCAUAAUAAUUUAAUUUAAAAAAUUAUAGGAACAAUUUGAAAAAUUGAUUCAAUAGUACAAGUUCAAGUCUCAGAAACUUGAAAAUAUUUAUUCUGCGUUCUUUUAAUCAAUUUGAAAACAAUACCAAAAAUGCACAAUAAAUGACUUUCUAUCAUCAAUUUCUUUCUCAUGGUUUCUCACACAAAUUCAAAAAAUAAUAAAUUUUAAUGUUGAAAUAAAUCGAAAUUUCCUAAACAGAUCACCAUAAAUGUUUCAAAUCAAUGAUAUUUUUGACAAGUAAUUGAUAAUUUUUGAAAUAUUAUGUUCCUUAUUUUGAACUAGAUACUUGCUUCAAAAUACUUUCUAAGCAGUCUAAUUUUCAAGUUUGAAAGGAAUAAAAUUUCCAAAACACAGAUUGAAAAAAAAACCUGAAUUAUAAAAUAAAUGUCAAUUGAUUAGAAAAUAAUAAUAACUGUUAUUUAUUAUCCAUCUUCAUUAACAUUUUUUUUCUUCAUUUUCAACUGAAGGGUUAAUUGAAAUAAUCCGCUGUAGUGUUUUGAAUUUGAAAAAAAAAUAAUCGCGAUUUGAAAUGUGAAUUGUUGAUAAGACAAAAAUUUAAAGAAUUAUGUUUUUAAAACCCAGAAAUUCAAAAUUGAAGAACAUAGACAUAUUUAUCAAAAAUAUUUCAAAAAAUUGAAAUAACGUUCUUUUAAAUUCGGUAAAUUUAUUUAAAACUUGAAAAGCCUGUACUAUAAAAAUCGGUAAAUUCAUUUUAAAGUUAAAACAAAAUAUGGAGAUUAAAAAGAUAAGUUUUUACAAUUUAAGGAUUUUUUUUUCAAUAAAUACGACUUACUAUUAUAAAAACUUAUUUAAAGAAUUUAAUUGAUAACUCAAGGGAGAAGCAUUCUGGUGCUUAUGUUUUAAUGACUGAUUUGGUAGAUUUUAGCGUCUUGAGCUUGAAUCUUUUGUCAUAUUUUAUAUAAUAAUAAUAUUUUGAUGAUGAUGGAGAAUGAUCUUAAAGAGUUAAAUUGAACAGUUUUAGAGAAUUUGGAAACAUAUCGUUAGGUGCAAGUAUUUUUGACAUUACUACGGAAAGUUAAAAAAAAACUUUCAUUUUACAAAUAAGUUGAACUCUGGCAAACAAUUAGAUUUAUGCUUUAUAAAAUAUCUAAAAUUCAAUUCGUCUUUAAAAAUUCGUUACAUGAGGAAAGUAAACAAACAGAAAACUUAUAUAACUUUUUUCGCAGAAUCCAAAAUUACUUGCAGUCUUGAGGAAAGUUGAUAAUUGAUUCAAAAGUGUUAUUUACAAAAGUUAUGUUUUUGUUUGAAAAUUUGUUAAAAAUGGCAGAACUUUCUUAAAUAACUCUAAUCUAUUUUUAACAAUUAUUUCAACAAGCUAAUAGAAAAAUUGCAUAUUAAGAUUCAGAGCACCCUAUUCAGUCAAAAUUACGUUCUAAAUACAUUGCACUUCUAUAAAAUGUAAAUUUUGUAGCCAUUUUAAAUGUGAUGCAUUUUGUCUCCUAAUUCAGCAUAACAUUUGUGAUGACAUUUACGAUUUUUUUAAAAACUGUUUCAGAUUUUUCACUUCUGGAUCACCAUUAUGAAACUUUCUAAGGUUCCAAUUCCAAUUCCAGUUCCUAUUCCAAAAUUGUAAUGUUGUAAUAAAUAGUUGUAAUUUUUUUUUCUUUUCGCAUUUCGAAAUGGUGAGUUUUGAAUAUGGAAAAUGGUUUGAAAUACAAAAUCAAAAUUCGCAUCACAUUUUUUCCCAGUGACGAUCCAAACUGGGUUUUAAAAAAAACACUAGAUAAUGAAUGCGAAAUCUGAUCUCAAAUAUCGAAUAUAAUGUUUAUAAACAAGUUUGAUACCACAAAAUUUGGAAUUAUUCUAACCUAAGCUUACCAGAUAUUCUUCCUCUAAUAUCCGGGCCGGGCAACUUCGGGUUGUUUUCCCCAAUAUCCGUCAACAUCCAAGUUAUUUAAUAACAAUCAUGAAGAAAAGAACUUGAAAAACUUUUUUUCUUAAAUACGUGUUUAAAUUUGAUGAAAUUUGCUCAAAAACUGGAGCAAAAUUUCGAGGCUUUGACUUUAGUUCUGAGACGAGAUUGUUACUCUUUGAUCAUUUAAGUCGUUCAUCAAAAUUUGUUUAAGAAUUUGAAAUUUUGAGUUUAGAGAAGAACAUUUCACUUAACAUUUUUGAACUCUCAUGGGUGGAAUUAACCCCCAAACGGUCAAUUUAAUUCUUUUUUUGAAAUUUCAGUUUGCUAGACGAGCAAAUAGGCGGCUUAUGAAUAGGAACUGUUUAGUAUUUUAAGCAAUUUUGUCGUGAAAUUGCGUCCUAAUAACCAUUCAAACACAAACUUCUCAGCAUAUACAUAAGUAUGUGUAUAAGUUAACCAAAGUUUGACCUUGAAGCUGCUCGCUACCUUUUACCAGAAGUUUGGAAAUUCCUUCAAAAACCAAAACUAUAGUAAAAACGAAAAUAAUGUUAUUAAAUGCAUCCCUCCUUUACUCAUGAAACUUUUCGUAAAACAACAGUAUUUCUGUAGCAUAUUUACCAGCUCGAUUGAAUCCCGAAGAAGAAAAAAUGCUCUAAUGGCUCAUUACACCAAUCAAAGUCAAACUUAUUUAUAGCGAAAUCGAUAUACUCAAACCAAAACUACUUAGUGAACCUUAUUGUUAGUAUCAAUGAAGAAACCAAACGCUUUAUGUGGUAACAAAUGUGAAAUGUCGUCAUGUAGUACAUAUACAUGGAUGAGUCAAAAUGAAAUGUGUAUUUUUCUUUCGAUUCAAAAGAACACGUGCAUAUGUAUUCUUUUGAAUAUUUCUUUUUCAUUCCUGAGCAAAAAUAUGAAAACGACGAAUGGGGAGAGUAGUUAUCCCAUUGAAAGAUGCAAACAGUUGAGAAAUUGUGUAGGGUUCGACAAAAUGGAAAAGGUACGAAUAUUUUUGCUUCAAAAACACCACAGUAGCAGUUAACAUGCCGAGUAUUGAGAGAACUGUAAAUAUAAAUAGAACGUUUUAAACAGUAUCCGUAGUAAAAGUAUCAUAUUAGUAGCACUAAUCGAAACUGAUAAACCUAAAAGAACCAGUAUUGAUCUUAUCGAUAAUUACUGAAUAAACGAAAAUUCUAAAAUAGACUUUAAGAAACCACUAAAGUAUUAUACAAGAUGCUUAUUAAGAUAAAACAUAUAUUAGUUAGAUCACUACACCGAGAACGAAGAGGAACGAAUACUUCACGAUUCUAAAGUAUGUUUAAAUGAACAAAUGUCUCAUCUAAGCGACCAAACGGCUUCUAUUUAAUCCUGAUGGAUUGAUACAUUUACCAGAGGUGUGACUGUUACCUGUAUCUUACUGUGAAUAAGCGUGAACUGCAGAAUUUAAAACGAACAACCAAAAUAAAAAAUCGACAAACAUUGUGUAUAACUGCUGUAUUCGUUUUUGUGUUUAUGUAACGGUAUAUUGCUCGUUGUUUUUCUCAAUUUAUAAAUAAAAACCAACGAGGCGGAUGGUUGGCAGCGUAUUCGUAUACAGCCUCCGGCGAACCUCCGGAUAGUAGUUUCAGGCCUAAAAUACUGAUUUUUAUAAACAAAACACUAAAUAGAAAAUAUCGUAGCUAAAACAUACAAAAUAUAUUGGACAUGGAAUAGGAACAUGGAUGCGGUGGAAUUGUAAAGCGUAACAAAAGGCAUGGAAAAGUUACUAGAACGAGUGAAUGCGAAUGAAGACGGCGACUUCGUGUACAACUGUUUAACGGUCGCCAUAUUGAAUGAGAAAGCUUAGCGAAGAGUACUGGAAAAAUAACCUACAAAAGCUACCAAGUAGCGGAAAACGAGUUGAUGAGCUGUUUCUAUUAAGUUUCGAUAGAGUAUAUAAUGCCCUCUAGUUCAAUAAUGUAAAAAGUUACGUUGUCAUUUCUUGUAAGCAUUAAGUUCGUUUUAACGAAGAUGUGUAAAAAUGAAGUACACUCACACACACAAACUUUCGGACCAAACGGGGCUCUACUAGCAGUAAAAGAUCAUAGCGACCACACAUACACACUGACGAAGAUCGAUAAACACACAAAUACUAUCUGAUCGUUGAGUGGUUUUCGCAACAAGUGCAAUGAUUUUAAUCAGACAAAUUGUUCAUAUCCCACACUACGAAUAAUCGAAUACGAUAGAUAUCUCGCUGCAUUUGUGUCGGUGUUCAAAACCGUGAGAAUAAAUAUCAAACAAAAAAACAUAACAACACCCGUUACUUCACGUCACUCUUAUUUAUAAUUAUUGUUGAACAUUACCGACUGUUACCGGUUCUAGUGUAAUUAUUUAUUAAAAUUAUAUCAAGAAAUAUAAAACAAAAAUAUAUGCAAAAAGUCAUGAAAGUCACAUUAUUUAUGAUAAUAAAGUAUAUUAAAAAAAAACCAAUAGUUUCUAUCGUACUAGUAAUCAACAUAUAUUCGUCCAUCAGUUAUACCAAAAAAAAAACAAAACAUACUGCUGAAGCUUAUUAGAGAUGUAAUAGUGUAUGCCAUGUUCAUAAGAAAAAAGAAAGAACUAAAAACAAACCAAUAGAUCGCAUCGUCGAUAUAGUUUUAUACUAGAGGAGAGUCCUUUCGACCACACUCGCCCUAUUCUGCUCGAAAGCACAAUUUGUUUAUAAAUAGGUACCUACAUUUAAAAACAAACUCGAUCAUUGUGAUUUUAACUGUAAAAUAUAACUUCAUUAUUCCGAACAAAUGGUUGAAUCUAUCCGAAUGUGUUAACUGGCCCUUCUCUGUCAAUAUUAUGUGGAAAAAAAACUACAUUUAUGCUAUUAGAAAAUCGACCCGAAUCUUCACACUCACCUGCAAAAAAUUGACGAAGAGCAUUUUGAAAGAUUGUUUCAAUCCUUCUAACAGUAAAACGUUUGCAUUUGAAUUGAAAAGAGACGCCAUCACAGAAGUACCAAGAACAAAAUAACUAAAUUUAAAGCUGGAUAAAUAUAAAGUAAAACUGAAUAGAAAAAUGAUUUCCUAUAUUUAUAUGAUAUGAU